AUGCCUUCUAUCGCCGCCCUGUCGCGCACACUGCACGGCGGCACAAGCGUCUACAGGUCCCGCUUAGACUCUCUCAAGGUACUGCACGCCGUGGCCCAGUCGUCGCCACCGUGGUGGACGCCAAGUUGCUCCAGCUUCCUGCGCCAAGCAGAGUCACUGAGCACGUCGACAAGUGCCGCUUCUGCACGCAGGCACCCUGUCAUCGUUGUGGAGGGAUUGGAUGGCACUGGAAAGACACUCAUCACGCGUACACUGGCCGAGAAGCUGUCAGGGAUGGCAGUGAGCACACCGCCGCCACAGUUUGCCGAAGUCCGGGAGACCUUCCGAAGCCAGGAGGAGGUCGUGGCGAGAGCCUUCUACUCCGCUGCGAACUACAUCGCAGCUGAGGACAUCCUCGCAGCGUCGCAAUCGGCGGUAGUCGUGGUCGAUCGGUGGUGGUGCUCUACCUGCGCGAUGGCACUGGCGAAUGCCCACAACUAUGACAGUCUGCCGCCGAGCGGUGAUGCCGUGUACCGCUGGCCAGAGGACUUACCAGCACCGGAUGCCGGGUUUUUGCUGUGCGUCGAUGAGGCGGUGCGCGUGGCGCGUAUCCGCAAGCGCGCCCCUGAGGAUUUCGAGGAGCAGCGUCUCUCCUCCCAGAGCGAGAUGCGCCGUGUUGCGAUGGAGGCGUACCGCCGCACCAAUAUGCUGACCGAGGUAGCUGCGCCGACCUAUCGCGUAGCGGUGAACUCCAUCUUGCGACUUCUGCCUGAAAGCGGCGUGGUGCAUUGUGCUGCGGCCUUUACACAGGCGGAGCUUGACAGCAUUGAGCCUUUUUAG